CAGGAAAUGGGAAUAAUGCUCGCCAACCGCCAAUAAACACUAAAGAAGAAGAGGAAGAAGUAGGAGAAGGAGGAGGAGGAAAUGAGAAUAAGGAGUAAAUCCUCGGAACAGUAAAAAAUGGACCGGUUUUCAUGGUCAAACGGACUCCUGGAGAUAAACGAAACAUUAGUGAUCCAGCAGCGAGGUGUCAAACUGUAUGACGGCGACGAUAAGGCCAAGCUGGACGUUGGAGUCGCUUUGCUGAGCACACACCGGCUCAUCUGGAGGGACCUCAAGAAUCAUGAAUGCUGCAUUGCCAUACCGCUGUCACAGAUCAUCUUCUUCGAGGAGCAGGCUGCAGGAAUAGGAAAGAGCGCAAAGAUAGUUAUUCACCUGCACCCAGCACCUGCCAACAAGGAGCCAGGUCCAUACCAGCAGAGCAAGUUCUCCUACAUCAAACUAUCCUUCAAAGAACAUGGGCAGAUUGAGUUCUUCAGGAGGCUAACAGAGGAGAUGACACAGAAGAGAUGGGAGAACACACCGGUGUCACAGCCCAUUCCCACAGCAACAGGAGCUCAGGCAGGAAGGACACGUGCAGUUGGGAUUGUCGGCAUUGAGAGGAAGAUAGAAGAGAGGAGGAAAGAAACAGACAAAAACAUUUCUGAGGCCUUUGAGGACCUCAGUAAGCUGAUGGUGAAGGCUAAAGAGAUGGUGGAGCUGUCCAGAUCCAUAGCGAACAAGAUCAAAGACAAGCAGGGGGACAUCACAGAGGAUGAGACAAUCCGGUUUAAGUCCUACCUGCUGAGCAUGGGUAUUGCUAACCCUGUGACCAGGGAAACACAUGGCUCCGGCACACACUACCACAUGCAACUGGCCAAACAACUGGGAGAUAUGCUACAGGCCCCUCUGGAGGAGCGUGGGGGCAUGAUGGCUCUCACAGAAGUGUACUGUCUUGUCAACCGAGCCAGAGGGAUGGAACUAUUAUCUCCAGAAGAUUUGGUGAACGCGUGCAAGAUGUUUGAGUCACUGAAGCUGCCACUGAGGUUGCGUGUGUUUGACAGCGGUGUGAUGGUGGUCCAGCUGCAGUCUCACAGUGAGGAGGAAAUGAUAGCCUCAGCCUUGGACAAUGUAUCAGAGAAAGGCUCAUUGACGGCGGAGGAGUUUGCAAAGCUAUUGGGUCUCUCUGUCCUUCUAUCCAAAGAGCGGUUGCUGCUCGCUGAGAAAAUGGGCCACCUGUGUAGAGACGACUCUGUUGAGGGUCUGAGAUUCUACCCCAACCUCUUCUGACCUGUUGACACUCAUCUUGGUCGAGAUAAACUUUGCGUUGAUAGACUGAUGUCGUAUAGUUGUGCUACAGCUCUGUCUGCUCAUGCGGCGCUACAGAUUGCCUCCUGUACUUCCUGCAUAACAAUGUACUCAUCCAAUUUUGUAUCUGGUAACAAUUAUGGUAACCGAAUAAUUGGUGUCCUGGUGGUGGCAGGACACCACAAAUCCUGGGUAGGUUCUGCAGCACCUGCUCCUCUGUGUUGAUGCAAGAGCUGGUCUGUGUCUUCAAAGUAUUUUGUGCAGAGAAUUUUCCAAAGAUUCUUCAAUAUACUGCAAGGGAGUACAUUUUGCAUGUUAAUUGAUCAAUGGGUUUUAGAAAUUCAUGUGAGGGAACAUACUUUUUUUUUUUUUUUCCCCUUUUUUGAACUACUCGUUUUUUUUUUUUUUUUAUUUCACCUAUGACAUCCUCAAGUCACACAGCUUAAACAUCAGUUGUCACCAGUAGUGUGCUCUAUUGCUGAGAUAACCAUAGCCACUGAUAACAGGUUCAUAUGCAUUAUAAAACAUAUUGUUUUUUCCCAAAAUAAAGUAUAAAUUUGUGUAAUAAAAGAAAAACAAGAA